CGAGUGUGUUCGCCCCGAGAUGCCGUCCACCUGCGCUUCCGGCUCGGCUACCGGACGCCCGGUCUUGCAGAACAUACUUGGAACUUAGUUGCAUAUUGGAAGGUACCUCUAACUUGGUUGGUGGUCCCACCCCUCGAUGGAAUUUGCUCCUCUUGAGCAGACCUGGCGGGUACAUGAACAGCGCAAUUCUACCCACCACUGUGUCACAAGCAAUGCAGGCAACCAAAAGCGUCAUGGCGCCGUGCAUCUGCCCCGUCCCUUGUCCGCCCACCGUUGACCGUGGAUCGGAUCUCUCCUUCGGCAUCAUCAUUGAGCAAAACACAAGACAACAAGAUACAACUGGCGCCGAGGCUUUGAAGUCGGUGCUUCAAACUCCCCGCUUCAGACCCGGUCAAGAAGACUGUUGCAAUUGGCCUCGCAAUCGAUCGUCUGAACUGCACGGUUUGUGCAUGCUUGAGCUCUCUCAGACCUGCUACCUCCUCAAGUCGCCUCCGCUAUUUUUCUGUAGCGAACAACAAUCGAGGUGCCAUGGUAGCAGCUGACGGGUGGCUUUCCGGGCCCAAACAUAUUUCCUUGAAACAUUCACGAUGCUACUCUCAACACCAAGGAGUGUGCUUCAGGAGUGUCGCAAGACAGGGAUUUGCCCGUCUAAGCGACACCAACAUGCGCUUACCCCUUGAUGUUAGAGCCGCGUUGAAGACAGCCGUGGUUCGUCUCGACCGUGUUCUCGGUGUUCGUGAGCCCUGCUUUGGUUCCAUUUCGGACAUCACGUCGUUAUUACACUUCCCAUCUACCAAUCAAAGUACAUGGGUCCUGUUCUCAAACACACGCCUAUGCUGUUCCUACCUCACCAUGCCCCCGAUGCCAUCAUCAGAAGAGCCAUGAGGAGGCUGGCUCGGUUCCAAUGCGCUGCCGAGGGAAGUGGGCUGCUGGAGCGGCUCCUAUUUCUGUCGUCCUUGAGCUAUCAAGUGAUGAUCUGCUUUACGACACCCCAAGCUUUGCUUGUUUAGGGACCAUCUUCCUCACCACUCGCAAAGGGUUCAUGAUUAUACCGACAUAGACAGGCCCGCGAGGCCCAACUAUUCUCUUCGUUCACCUGGCGUGUCCUUUUAUUCAUCAUACCAAUAUUAAUUAUCCUCGUAUGCUUUGCGACUGGAUUCGCCGGCACGGAGGCACAGUGAUCGAGUUCCAGCAUGUCAUCACCCAAUCUUCCUUCAUCAGCAAGGUCGUUCAUUUUCACAACCACCGGAGGCAAGCGAUGUACAGCAAUACUCAAAGCCGUCCAAUUCAGCAAUGUCCCAACAGCCACAGGUCGCGAUUCUCGGUUGCCGGCAACGACAACGAGGUCGACGACGACAACAACGACAGAAGCGACAACAAGGGAUGAGAAUACGGUGCCAGUCAACACCAGUGCGAGCCCGCCUCCGCCGCUCGAAGACAGUAUAAUCCCCAGUUCAACAAGUUCGACGAGCAUAUUGACCACAAUACCUACCCCACCCGUCACGAGCACCUCUUCGUCUUUGCUCCCAACAUCAUCACCGGAAGCCGAGCAAUAUUCUGUGAGCAAUGAGACUGAGACUUCAGCGGAGACAAGCAUCGUGACAGAAACAGCGUCAGGAAUAUUCCCUGAUGAUGCGGUAGUAACGCCUUUUGCUAGCACAGGCGCAAACCUCCAGCCAUCCUCCACCAGCAAUGCAGUACAGGCCACGGAAAACCCAACUUUAUUCCCCACUAUAAGCUCAGUUCCAAGCGCUCAUAACAGCGAAGCUGCGAAGGUGGCUGGAGGUGUGCUCAGUGGUCUCGUGGUCCUCAGUCUCAUCGGACUCUUCUUAUGGCUGUGGCGACGACGGAGAUUGCAGAAGAGAAGGAGCACCCUUUUGACACCUCUGGGUACUGGUCCUGGCACAAACCCAAAUGAGAAGACGCCUUAUAUCAUCAGUCGACGCAGCAUUGGCCCAACACCGGGGUUCGUGAAGGCAAAGGCCGCCCUAGGUUACAAGGUCGAAAGAAUCCGAGAGCGCAUCAGUCAAGCCUUUUCCGAACCUAGCAUCCUACUAUCGCCUUUGAAACGGGGCCCUCGAUUUGAGGAACUCAACACACACAGUCGAAACCCAUCGCUAGCUUUCACCGACAAGGCGAACGGAACGGGGUCGGUCAAAGGCAGCACGUCGAAUUGGUGGUCCCGAAUGGCAUCCCACAUGCGUAUCAACAAGUGGCUACGCAACAUGCGCAACGAUGAGGUUGUGCGAGACAGACAUUUUGACGCGGAAAACACAAGUGAACGGAAGGCCAGACUCAAGUACCAACCCGACUUCCUAACGUUGAUAGCCAUGGACGAUGGUGAUCUCGGCCGAGAAGCCCAAGGCCAAGGGCAGCAACGUCUGAGCGUCACGCGCCAGGACAGUGGUGGUGGAAGCAGAGACAAAGUGUCAACAGCACGGCCACUGCGCCUCGACGAGGGCGACAACCCCUUCAGAGACAACAACUUGCUCAGCCAUAUAUCAGCCAUACCAGCGCCCCUAGCCGCCGGUCUUGGCCGUUCCGACAACCCUGCCAGCGACCCUCCUUAUCCUGUUCGAAACCUUUACAACGACGCCACCACAAUCUCCAAACCGCCGACAGCGACCAACUACGGCAUCGAGGACCGCCGCCGCCGACAGUCACGCGGUCAUCCAAUCAGUAUUUCUGCCAGCACGACGGCAAAUGGAAACCCAAGUCGACAACCCAGCACCCGCACCUACCGCGAAAGCAUCGACUCGUUCACCACCCAUCGCAAUAAAUUCCGGUCAGACCCUUUUGACUUGGAGCGCCCUGAGCUUCUGGGCGGUGUUCCGCAAGUCAUGGCAAGCCAAGGGACGCCAUCAGCAGUGACAGGCCCUAGACAUCCACCCAGUGCUCAUACCCGCCAGGAGAGCUUGGGCGGCUCAAUGAGGUACUCGUAUUCGAGCGGUGUCGUGAGUUUGGAUGAGUGGAGUGAUCCGGGGCCGGAUGUGGGUUAUAAGUCUGCCGGGUCUGGGGAUACUAGAGGUUAUGGGAGGGUGAGGAGUGCAAGUGUGAGUGUUGGAAGGGAUGGAGGGCAAAACAUUUUGGGACGGGCAAUCUAAAGGAUUUGGUUCGUUAGCAUCGCAGUGAAAUACAAUUGGACUUGGUG